GCCUGUCCUUAAGAAGCAGAGCUGGAAUCCAAGCAUGCCUCUCCCCUGCUGCAUGCCCAAGAAUGCAGCUGUCUCCAACCUGGACAUUGAGAGUAAGCUGAGUGUGUACUACCGUGCACCGUGGCACCAGCAGAGAAACAUCUUCCUCCCGGCCACGAGGCCACCCUGUGUGGAGGAACUGCACCGCCAUGCCCGGCAGAGCCUGCAAGCCCUGCGCAGAGAACAUCGGAGCCGGAAUGAUCGCCGGGAGCAGAGAACUGCUGUGCCCCUUUCUGUAACUGCUCCUCCAUUGCCAGCGUACCCCCCAGCUCACAGCCAGAGGAGGCGCGAAGUUAAGGAACGUCACUUCUUAACGUUUAACAGCACCCGUUCGCCCUCCCCAACUGAGUGUUGCCACAUGACCCCAUGGAGUAGAAAGUCCCAUCCCCCGGAGGAUGAAGAUACAGAUGUCAUGUUAGGACAAAGGCCGAAAAACCCAGUACACAAUAUCCCCUCCACACUGGACAAGCAGACCAACUGGAGCAAAGCACUACCUCUCCCGACACCAGAGGAGAAGAUGAAACAAGAUGCUCAAGUGAUUUCUUCUUGCAUUAUUCCCAUCAAUGUCACUGGAGUUGGUUUUGACAGAGAAGCUAGUAUACGCUGCUCUCUUGUUCAUUCACAAUCUGUACUACAGCGGAGACGAAAACUGAGGAGGAGGAAAACCAUCUCUGGUAUCCCUAGAAGAGUCCAACAAGAAAUAGACUCUGAUGAAUCACCCGUGGCCAGAGAAAGGAAUGUGAUUGUGCACACAAAUCCAGACCCUUCCAACACUGUCAAUAGGAGGUCUGGAACCAGGGACUCUGAGUGCCAAACUGAGGACAUUUUGAUUGCUGCUCCAUCCAGAAGGAGAAUCAGAGCUCAAAGGGGUCAAAGUAUUGCAGCUUCUCUUUCACAUUCGGCAGGCAACAUUUCUGCAUUGGCAGACAAAGGUGAUGCCAUGUUUACAACUGCAGUAAAUAGCCGUACAAGAUCUCGGAGUCUUCCCCGAGAGGGCAAUAGAGGUGGAGAUGGUGAGCCCAAAGUUGGUCUUAAACCCUCAGCAUAUGAAGAGGGAGAGCCUUUUGUGGGUGAUCAAGAAAGAAUCCCUAAUGAUUGCAGUGAGGCCCCCAGCAGCCCAAGUGCCCAGGAACACCAGCCUGCUUUGGAUCUGGCCUGUUCUCAACAUCUCCACAGCCCCCAGCACAAGUUAAGUGAGAGAGGGAGGUCACGUCUGUCCCGAAUGGCUGCUGACUCUGGAAGUUGUGACAUCUCCUCCAACUCAGACACCUUUGGGAGCCCCAUCCACUGCAUCUCCACGGCUGGUGUCCUCCUCAGCAGCCACAUGGACCAGAAAGACGACCACCAGUCAUCCAGUGGCAACUGGAGUGGGAGCAGCUCCACAUGCCCCUCACAGACCUCAGAGACAAUCCCUCCUGCAGCUUCUCCCCCCCUCACUGGUUCUUCACACUGUGAUUCAGAGUUGUCACUAAACACAGCCCCUCAUGCUAAUGAGGAUGCCAGUGUCUUCGUGACAGAGCAGUACAAUGACCACUUGGAUAAAGUGAGAGGCCACCGGGCAAACUCCUUUACCUCCACUGUGGCAGAUCUCCUGGAUGACCCCAAUAAUAGCAACACAAGUGACAGUGAGUGGAAUUACCUACACCACCAUCAUGAUGCCUCCUGCCACCAUGAUUUUAGUCCUGAGCGCCCCAAGGCAGACAGCUUGGGAUGUCCAAGCUUCACAAGCAUGGCCACAUAUGACAGCUUUCUGGAAAAGUCUCCAUCAGACAAAGCUGACACUAGCUCUCACUUUUCAGUGGAUACAGAAGGAUACUAUACCUCCAUGCACUUUGACUGUGGUCUCAAAAGUAGUAAGAAUUAUGUCUGCCACUAUGCAGCCCUGAGCCCAGAGAAUGGCCAGGGCAUUGGAGCUCCUCCUACUCUUCCAGACUGUGCCUGGCAGGACUACUUAGAUCACAGGAGGCAGGGGAGACCAAGCAUCUCUUUCAGGAAACCAAAGGCAAAGCCGACCCCACCUAAAAGGAGCUCAUCAUUGAGGAAAUUCGAUGGAAAUGCAGACAUUUCUGAAAAGAAAGAACCAAAGAUUAGCAGUGGCCAGUUCCUGCCUCACAGUUCCAGGGAAAUGAAGUUGCCUCUUGAUUUCUCCAACACGCCUUCUCAAAUGGAAAAUACCAAUAUUUCCACCAAGCAAGAACCUUCCUGGAUUAACCAGGAUGAACAUGGUAGUAAAGAACCUCAGUUAGACACUUCAGAUAUUCCACCAUUCAAAGAUGAAGGUGCUGAAUCAACUCACUAUGCAGACCUCUGGCUUCUAAAUGACUUGAAAACAAAUGAUCCCUACAGAUCUUUAUCUAAUUCAAGCACUGCUACGGGUACCACAGUUAUUGAAUGCAUCAAAUCUCCAGAGAGCUCUGAAUCCCAAACAUCCCAGUCAGAAUCAAGAGCCACGACUCCAUCCCUUCCUUCUGUUGACAAUGAGUUUAAACUGGCUUCACCAGAAAAGUUGGCUGGCUUGGCAUCUCCAUCAAGUGGCUACUCAAGCGAAUUGUCUCCUGGAGGUAGCAAAAGAAAACCGAAAGUCCCAGAAAGGAAAUCCUCACUACAGCAACCUUCUUUAAAAGAUGGAGCUCUAUCACUAAGUAAAGACCUUGAACUUCCAAUUAUACCUCCUACCCAUCUUGACCUAAGUGCUCUUCAUGUCUUGAAUAAACCAUUCCACCACCGUAACCCAUUGCAUGUUUUUAGUCAUAAUAAGCAGAAUACAGUAGGGGAAACACUGAGGUCAAAUCCUCCACCAUCCCUUGCAAUUACACCAACAGUCCUGAGAUCUGUUAACCUUAGGUCCAUCAGCAAGUCUGAAGAAAUUAAGCAAAAAGAAGGCAAUAAUAUGGAACACCCCUACUUAGAGCAAAGCACUCUCACAAUGGCUGCUCUAUCUCCAAGUAAGAUUAGGCCACAUACAGCUAAGAAAUCAAUAUCACGUCAGUACUCCACUGAAGACACCAUAUUGUCCUUUUUUGACUCCUCUUCAGUUGAGAUGGGACCAGAUAAACUACAGUUAGGAAAAAAACAUGCUUUCGAUGUAAAGAAUCAUUGUGAUCCAGAAACAGUAACCUCAGCUGGUAGCAAUCUUCUAGAUUCAAGUGCCAUAAAAGACCAAAUACAUAUGGAGAGUGAGCCUAUUCCAGAAAACACACCAAGUAAAAAUUGUGACUUUCCCAAAGAAGGAUUUCAAAGGGUCUCUGCUGCUCGCUCAAAUGAUUUGGAUGGUAAAAUACUACAAUAUGGAGCUGAUCCAGAUGGAAUCCUUGCACAGGUCCAGAAGGCAUCCUCUGUAGAGCAAGAGGAAGUUGUACAUCCUGAGUCCGUGGAUGUGCUUACAUCUCAAUCAAAUUCACCAACUAGAGCCACAGACAUAAGCAAUCAACUUAAGCAUCAACUUGGGAUGAGCCGCUACCAUGACAAAGUGCCUGGGAAUAUCAGCUAUGAAGCAGAGCUAUCAACUGUAAAUUCAUGCCCUGAAAAAUGUUCAGAGCAGGAAAAUAUUGCUUCAGGUAUUUCAGCCAAAAGUGCCUCUGAUAACAGCGGAGCAGAGGAGACCCAAGGAAGUAUGGAUGAGGUUUCAUUGAAAGAAUCGUCACCAAGUGAUGACUCUAUGAUUUCACCACUUAAUGAAGACUCUCAGACUGAAGUGGAAGGUGUGCUUGUAUCUCCAAACAAACCUCGAACAACUGAGGAUUUAUUUGCAGUCAUUCACAGGUCUAAAAGGAAAGUACUUGGAAGAAAAGAUUCUGGGGACAUGUCUGUUCGAAGCAAGUCAAGAGCUUCCCUUGGCAGCAGUAGCAGUAGCAGCACUGGUUCUGUCACUUCACCCAACAGCAAUGUGACCACCGCCAACAGCCAGAGGUCUCCUGGCCUUAUCUACCGAAAUGCUAAAAAGUCCAACACAUCCAAUGAAGAGUUUAAGCUGUUACUCCUCAAGAAAGGCAGUCGUUCAGAUUCCAGUUAUCGCAUGUCUGCUACUGAGAUUCUGAAGAGUCCCAUCCUGCCUAAACCUCCUGGGGAGCUCACAGCCGAGUCUCCCCAAAGCACCCAUGAGGCCCAUCAGGGGACACUUGGGGCCGAGGCAUUGUCCCCACUCUCUCCAUGCUCCCCACGAGUUAAUUCAGAAGGAUUUUCCUUGAAGAACUUUGCCACCUCAGCAUCAGCAAGGGUUGGACGUUCUCGGGCUCCUCCUGUGGCCAGCAGCAGCCGCUACAGUGUCCGCUGCAGGCUGUACAAUGCGCCCAUGCAGGCCAUCUCUGAGGGGGAGACAGAAAAUUCCGAUGGGAGCCCACAUGAUGACCGAUCCUCUCAGAGCUCAACAUAGGUAGCCCGUGCCAGACUGGCUAUCAACGGUCAAAACCCUUAGUCUAUGAGUAUGGGGGAAUAGAACAGAAAGCUAGGGAGAAGUCAGCAUGUCACAGGGUACCAUCACUUACUACCAAUGAAUUCCUAAAUAUUUGCUGGGGAAACAGAAGGUGGUUUGGUCUUUUUUUAUUAUUUUCCAUGUUUUAAGUAGCUGUACUGUCUUUCAUAUUUUUCUUUAGCUUAGUUUGAUUUACUCAAUGCCAUUCUUUUUGAUAACAUAGAAUUUUAAAAUGUCUGCUUUUCAUGAAACCUAGAAAACAAUUUUCCCAGAGCUGCCUAUUCAGAAAAGAAAACCCUCACUGUCAUAAUUCUUAAAAAGAUGAAAUUACUCUGGAGGUUUGGUAUUUUUUUACAUUAAAAUGAACUAAAGCAAAAUUUAGAAGAAAGAACUACACACAUGUAAAUACCAUAUUUUUGAUAAAAAUGUGUAAAUAGAUUUAUCAAUGACAAGUGGACAUGUGGCCAAUUAUCUACUGCACACCAACUGUUUAUAGAACAUAACAGAUAAAGUGUAAUAAUUGUAUUCUGUGAAUACCAUUUUCAUAUUAAUUACCAUAUUUAAAUGUCCACCAAUAUGAUUUCUGCGUGAUAAACCUCAUAUAUGAAUUUUAAACUAGUGAAAUAAAGGAAAUCUUGAGGUCAUAUACUGAAAUGUGAUUAAUUUAAAAUAAGGAAUUCAGACCUAACUAUUUUUGUGACAAAUUGCAGCACCAAACAAGCUAAUAGUUAUUAUCAUGUGGCUAUAAUUUGCCAUAUGGUAAUUUGGACAGAAUGAAAAGCAUGCUUUUGAUUUUUUAAUCAAUGAGAGAAAUCAUCAUUCUCAAUACAAAGCCCUGAACAACAACAUUUGACAGUGUCCUUUAAACUUUAAUUUUUCAAUGAAUUGCUUUAAAGAGAAUGAGCAGGGAAAACUAGUUAAUUUUAGAUUAUGUUUUAUAUUAGGCUCCCAGAGACAUAAAAAGUCAUAAUCUAAUGACUAUAAUUUUAAAACUCCUUAAACAGUCUAGAAAUUAGUUCCAGGUUCUUUAACUAACAAAAAUAAAACAUAAGCAUGCUACAGAAUUGUUGAUUUAUCAGUAAAUACCUGCAAUGAGUUUUCAGUGAAGCUUCUCUCUGUGCUGAUGAGAUUUGUUCUACCUAAAAAUUAACAGAAAUGACACUGUGAACAAUGUAGUUGGGAAAUAGGUAUGUGUAUAUGCAUUAUUUAUAUUCACUGUUAAGCUGGGAAUGGGGGACAGCUCUGGUUCACAAUGCUACAUACACCUGAGUUUUUGUCUGAUUUUACUAUAUCUGCUUGAUGGCAAAAGGGGAGGGGUGGUGGGUGGGAAAGGAAAUGUCAGAGCAAAUGCUUUGAUAAAAAAUGAAGGCAGGGAAACAAGCUGAAUUACUUGAAAUUACUUGAAUUUUCUUGUCUUAAAAUGGAAAAAAAAUGUAGUUACAAGUUGAAAUCUGCAAAUAGUUUUUACACCUCUGAUUUUAACAUGAACUGAUGUUAAUGUUUGAAAUGUCAGAAAUAUAAGUAGUUAUAUAUUUAGAAUAUGUUUUGAAUGGGAAAAGGUAGCAAGUGGAGAGAACUAAGGAGGGAUAUGGCCUAUAAAAGAAUAGAAUGCAAUUAGAAUGAGAGAACAUACCAGAGUUACCAAGAAAUUGAUAUGCAUCUGGCUUUAAGCUUAUGCAAGUGGUAUUUGGGAAAGUAGGAUGUGUGAAAAAGGGGGUGUGGUUUUUAUUUCAUUCAUGCAAUAUGAAGGGGGAAACCUGGUCUAAGAAGAUGCUGUAUUUCAAAAGAAACACUUUCUAAGAUGUUACAGAUUGAGAAUUAGAGACUCUGAUUGCUGUUGGGUUUUUUUGUUUGUUUGUCUGGAAAAAGAGAACAAGUCUGGCUUCUAUUUGUUUUCACUAUCAAAUUGUGUUACUUAAUUUCUUGUCAUCCUUGUAUGUAAAAUGGGUGCAGGGGGUGGCGGGGUAGAGGAGGGAGAAUGUGUAUGUGUGUGUGCAUGUGCACGUGCGUGCACACGCACGCUCUUGGGCUGGGAUAGAUAAGCUACCUGGUAAAGGGUACAUUUGAACAUUUAUGAAAUGUUAUACUUUUUAUUAAAAGAAAUAUGUUUGGGGUUUGAAAAAAAUGUACCAUCAUUUCUCAUUGGAACCCAUGACUUAAGAAAACCAACAUGGUUUGACACCACAUGGGAACAUGAAUAUCUUUUUCUCAUGCUUUGAAAAGUACAUUUGGCAAAAUUUUAAAAAAUAAAGUUUUUAGACAAAUGUGGUAAGAAACAGUCAUUUCCAGUCACAAUAGGUUAUCUUUUGUAAUUUUCAUAAAAGCAGUUCGUUUGCAGUAUGGCUUUGUAUAGUUAGGGGGGUUUUAAGUGUUAAGAAAGGUAUGUGGGCUUUAAAAGUGAUUCUAAAGCUUGAAUAGAAACAUGAAUUGGCUUUAAUAAAUAUGUCACCUUUUUAUUAUUGACAUUAAUUUAAGUAAUGGUACCAUGUAUAGCUUAAAAUACAUAUUGACUUGAAUUGUGAGGCAAUAAGAUACCUUCUAUAUGUAAUGAUCACAAAACUAACCCUUAUAAUAUAGUUUUACUUAUUUUGUUUACUCUAAAAAUCUAUAGCAGAGUUUCUCUAUUUUAUAUUUCAUAGAUUUAAAAAAAAACCAAAUAAAGAUAGAUUUUGAAUUCACUGUGGAAAAUACUAUUGAGUAACAAACUAAGUAAAAAAAAAAAAAAAGCAAGGAAUCCCUUAGUAAUCUGGAAUAUUCUACAUGGCUUUGUUACAUAGUAUAUAAAACCAAGAUUUAGAGGCUGUCUUCAACAUCACUGCCAUCUUGAAGCAGGGUACACACAUUAGGUAUUGCAAAAAACAUCAAUCCAAAGUUUUCUUCUGUUGUUUGCACUGAUGCUAAUUUUUUGUGCUUUUAGGUUUAUACAACAUGUCUAUGUUGUGUGGGGGAAUUUUUUUCCUUACUCUUUGAUUUUUUUUUUAUGUUUUGGCUAAGUAGAGGACAUGGACUAGUUAUAGCAAACAAAACACACUGUUUGCUCUUGCCAAAGGUCAGUGAGUGAGUACAUUUGCUGCAGUGGUGGCUGACUUAGAAAACUAGAUCAUGACAAAAAGAUUUAAAACUAUGAUGUGUCACUAUUUUGGUACUAGAACCAAUUCAUGCUGGCCGAAAAGACAAUGGUUUAUGGACUUGCAUCCAUUUUGUAUUUUUGUAAUAUUUGUAAAUAUGAACUUUUUAAAUUGUUGCAAAAAAAUGGUUUCUUUUGUAAGAUGUUUUCAACGUUUACAUUCAAUUCAAGCCUUUGUAUAUUUUAGAGCUGUGCAACACUUUAAGUCUUGUAUUUAUUUUUAGUAAAAAUGGUGACAGUUUCAUUGUGAACCCCUUUAAAAAAUGUACCAGGAAAGUUUGAUUACCUAGAAAGUGUGUAUUGAAACUGCAAAUAAACGUGAC